AAACGCUGCAACCAAAACGCGCAACUGUGUCUUUAUUAAUACAAAACAGUAUACAUAGUUUAACACAUUAAUGUGGCAACGUUUGUAAAUAUGUAGCGAUUCACGCUAUAGAGUUGUACAUGAAAUCAGUCGUUUUUAACUAUGAUUAAAAAAAAUUUGUAUAAUGCACGGACAUCACUAAUCCUUUAAAGACGUAGCUUUGUGUACAUUAUUUAAGCGUUUCUAAUUUUUAAAUCAAUAUGUUGCAGCAUACGCUGUCGUAAAAAUAUUUCACUUGAUUAAAAUCGAGUAAGGAUGACGAACGAACCAGGUACCUCAAAAGAUGAUCAUCCACCUAAUGAUGUUGGAGGGAUACCUUCAAAUACAUCCAGCGAAUUAGAUGUAUCAAAUGUGGAAAAACAUUGGGGAUUAACAAUGAGGCGUCCAUCAGUACAACGGAAACAUGCACAGCAUGCUCGAUAUAUGCCGUCCAGAACUUUAGUCGGUUUGAAUGAGGAGACAAAACAUGAACGGCACGGACGGACAAACGCGCUUCUAUAUGCUACCAUGAGAGCUCAUCGAGAACCUGUCUCACCAACAGAAGAUCGUGCAAUGAACAUAGCGAGCCGCAUGGAGUUGGACGACGAACUAAUGCACGAUGAUCCUAUAUCAGAACUUCUCAGAAUAGAGAAACUGCGAGACAUGCCACAGUGUCUUACUGUGAAAAGGACAAUUAAGGCUAGGCUUACGACAUCUGUCAGCGAAAAUAAAAAGAAAAGGAAACCGAUCAGCUUUUGGAAGCGACUGAAAUACAAAACCAGUAUGAGUUUUACCAAGAUUGGUAUGGCAAUGCGUGAGGUCGCAUCGACUAUGGAGCUGUGGUAUCACUCGAUCAAAGCAAUCGAGGGUCAUUUUGGUAGCGGGGUAGCUACUUACUUCAAAUUUCUGCGCUGGUUAUUCAUUUCAAACACCAUAUGCUGUGUCUUGAGUUUGGGAUUCAUCGUCCUACCGCAGUCUUUGUUGGAAGCGUAUUCAGAUACGGCAUUCAGUGGAUGGGAUCUUUUAACAGGAACUGGCUUUUUUACGGAUUCGAUAAUGUAUUACGGAUUUUAUUCAAAUGGAACAGUCUCAAAAGGAUCUUACCUGACAUACAGCAUUCCAUCAGCGUAUUUUAUGACGUUGUUAUGUUGUUAUAUUUUCACUUUUCUUCUUCUUUCAAUCAAAGUUGCACGUUCAUAUCGUAAGAAUUUUAUUGAAACUGCCGGUGGCUUGACUAAUCUGUACGCCAGCAAAAUAUUUUGUGGCUGGGACUUCGGCAUCGCUUCUUACAAAGCAGCAAACUUACGGUCUGCUACCAUUUAUGGAGAAUUAAAGGAGUUAUUGGGAGAAGCCCAGAAACAAUCACACAAAGGCUGUGUCAUCAAAACUUAUGUGCUGUUAAUUCAAGUAGCUGUGACGGUAUUAGUAAUUACUAUUAUGUCCAGCACUGGAGUAUUACUAUGGAAAUUAUUGACCCAGUACACAGUGGACUACAGUCAAACCGUCUUUACUUUGCUUGUACCAUUAUCUAUUACGACUGUCAUGAACCUAUAUCCAGCGUUUUUCUCAUGGCUGGCUCAAUACGAAGGCUAUGCGAGUAAACGCACAACUCUCUACGUAACAAUGAUAAGAACCUAUAUUAUGGAAGUUGUGAUUGUUGGAGUGCUUCUAGCCUUUUGGCUCUCUCAUUCAACCGAAAAUUGCUGGCAGACUGCAUUUACUCAGGAAAUAUAUCGGCUAAUUAUUAUUGACUUCAUAAUAUCUAUAGUCCUGAUAUUCAUGGCUCAAAUGAUAAGAUCAAAGAUUUACAUAUUGGGAUGGAAGAAAAUUGGGGCACCAAGAUUUGACAUAGCUCGAAACACCUUGAAUCUGACUUACAAUCAGACACUGUUCUGGAUAGCUUUCUACUUUAGUCCACCAAUGUCAUUCGUUAUUCUUGCAAAAUUGAUCUUGAUUUUUUAUAUCAAGAAAUACGGAGUCUUGAAUCACUGUGAACCACCAUCGCGAUCCUGGAGAGCUGCGCAAACGCAGACUCUUUUUUUGGCACUAGCAUUUCUGUCAAUGGUUGGUGUACUCACAGUUCUUGGAUACAUUGUGACGAAUAUAAAAUCUCAGGAUUGUGGCCCGUUUCAAGAUUACGAGUACACUUGGCAAAUGGUUGUUUUGGGCGUACUGCAGCUAAGAAAUGACAGUCAAUUCUGGGUGGUUGUUACAGGAUUAGCAAAACCUGGUAUCGGUGCUGCAAUACUAAUUGCAAUGUGCGUUGCUGUUUAUUAUUUGCGUGCCAAGGCUUGUGCCAGAAAAGAAAUGGUUGAAAUUUUACGAGGCAUGUUGGUCUUGGAAGCUCAGGACAAGGAAUUCCUUCUAAAUGGAAUAUCUAGAGUGACAGAGGAACAAUGGUUGUAUCACCUGAAUCCGCUACUAACACCACGACCUAGUUUGCUAACCAAUCCUCAGCAGGAGCAUGUCGGGGGGACUCCAGCUCGUCACCGUCGUUAUAGUAAACUGAACUAUCAUGCCCGAAAAUCAAGUAUAUCCUCGAUAAAUUAUCAGGAAUCAAAUAAUGCAUUGCACAAAUCAUUGUCUUCUGAUGCCUUUCGCGAAAGUAUUGGUAAUAGAAAUGAUCAGUACUUGGAAUUGACUCAAAGGCCAAGCACGGUUUCGGACGCUAGUAGUAUUCAUGAUUCUAUAAAAAGUCGGGAUGCAAACGAAGGGAUCGCUCGUCAAUACGACUUCUUUUAGUCAACAAGAUUACACUAUAGGCUUGUCUAUUAGACAAGUAUGGAUAAUUUAGUUAAGUAUUGAAAUUUGUAUUUGUCUUUUGCUAUAUCGCAAAAAUCUAAUGGUAUGGACAGUGCUGUUAAGAUUACUAACUAUUGGUGUUUUUUUUUUAAAUGUAUUCUUGAGACUGCUAUGGAUUGAGUAGCUGUAGCUCGUGCAGUACAGUAUUAUUUAUAUUCAAGCAUUUUUACACAUCGUUCUUUGAUAUUUUUGUGCUUUAAUAACAUAUUUUUACAUACCAGUUUUGCUAUAGUAUUUACGUAUUAUUACUUUGUGGCUCUGAUACAAACUCGACCAAUGUGUAUGGCAAAUAAUUUAGAUUUGGGAAUAAUAGAAAUCACGAAAACAGACAUUACAAAUUCCGCGAGAGCUUCAAAUUCUCUCACAAAAAUUUUCACGUCAAGAACGACAACUGAGAUAUUCUUAAUCAAAAUAUUAGGUGUAAUGUUAGGUAAUGAUAAAGUUCUGCAGAUCCAUUCGGUAUGCACACCCUACUUUAUUGUGCCACAGAUUGAAAGCCUAUACCAAAUAGUAAGUGAAAUAAUUUGUGAUAAAGUUGAACUGUACAAACAAUUUAUUAUCAUUGAGAAUAGAAUCAAAUGCAAUGACAUUGUGCCAAUUUUAGUGGUAAUAUGAUAGACUCGAAUAUAUAUAUAUACAUAAAAAUAAAUAUAUUUUUUAACAAAUAUUUGUAAACACUUUUGUAACUUAUCUCUAGUUUUAAUCACAAAUAUGCCUCCAGAAAUGAAUAAUGAUUCCUAUACAUACACAUACAUAUGUGUACCCCUAAUUUGUUCUUACUUGACAACGGUUGUUAAGAAAAUAAACAUCGUACUUCAGUGACGACAUAUGUGCUAUCGA